GUUUGACGUCCGGUGAGCACGAAGAAUCACGAAUCACUAUUCCGGGAUUCUGGUUAUCUGUAAAUUAACGGAGAACAACAGAAUAUGUACAACUAAUGCUGUCGUUACAAGGAUAAUGACUGAACGAUGCCUUGAUUGAAGAAAAAUUCAAAAGAUCAGGAUUGGACAACACUGGUACAAAAUUAUCCAAGAAUGGCUGUAGAGUUGUCAGUAGAUCCUUUGGAUCUUGUUCAAACCAGUGGUUCUCCCAAAGAAAACUCAACCCAACAACCAAAGACAUGGGAUUUGCUUCGUCAAAACGUCCAAGAAAAAAGAAAACUUUUAGUAGCUUUAGUCAGCAAUGUGCCAACCUCUUUUUCAUUUCGAGUGAUAGAAACCCCAACUGGCCAAAAAACUAGGAUUUAUUUUCUGGGUACACCACAAAAAUGUCGAGAAAACACUCUUAUGUAUGCUGAUUUGCCAAACGAAAUCAGGGAAGUAACUCCUGUUCUGAACUGUAGGUCCUUAUUGGACUCAUUUCAACCAUCGCUCCCGAGUGCACAGCUUUCUCGUGAAGAACAACUGAUGAGGGAGAGAAAACGCCUGGGUAUUUUCGGUAUCACCUCUUAUGAUAUUGUAGAAAAUGAAGGAAAAUUUGUAUUCCCAGCAUGCAAUUCACUUUUUGUAUGCAUGGAUCGUGAUGUAACGUCCGAGGAGCCUGUCCUUCCUCUAGCCAUCAACACCAGUUGUUGUCGAGCUCGGCUCGAUCCAAAGAUUUGCCCGCGGAACCCCAACCUCAUCUCAUUUAUCCAUAGUAAUGACUUGUGGGUCACCAAUCUUCAGACAGGCCAAGAAUGUAGACUUACAUUUGCUCAUAAAGGACUGAGUCGGCUGACCGAUGACCCAAUGAGUGCUGGAGUACCCUGUUUCGUUGUCCAGGAGGAAUUUGACAGAUAUACUGGAUACUGGUGGGAGCCUAAACCAAAGAACUCCAGCAGCUUCGAUCAAACUUCAUGUUAUCGCAUCCUGUACGAGGAAAUUGAUGAGAGCAGUGUGGAAAUAUUAAAUAUUUUCGGCCCAAUGACUGACACACAGGGGAUCGAUGAGUAUCGCUAUCCUCGAGCUGGAACUGAUAAUGCUGUCACUUCUCUAAAACUUGUGGAAUUUGAAGUUGGAAGUGAUGGACAGAUACAGGACAGUAUGACGGAGAAGGAGCUGUAUGAACCACUGUCCACGUUCUUCCCCUGGAUGGAGUACCUGAUCCGUGCUGGCUGGACCCCAGACUCGAAAUUUGUGUAUGUACAAAUCAUGAACAGACAGCAGACCCGCCUAGCUCUUGUGUUGAUACCACUGGAGUGUUUUAUCCCUGUAUCCUCUGAUCCAGACAUGGAGCUCAACUAUUACUACGAGUGUACCAAUAAUUAUCCCCCCUUACAAGUGAUAUAUGAGGACACGUCGGACAUCUGGAUCAAUGUUCACGACAUCCUCCACUUUUUCCCACAAGAAAGUCCGGAGGAGAUUUCCUUCCUCUGGUCGACGGAACAGACUGGGUACAGACACCUAUAUAAGGUGACCUCUAAACUUCUUACCUGUGAUAACCCUUCCCCACGCAGUGCCAUGGAGGUCAUCGAGAAUAACCAAGGCCAGCUGAAAGCUGAUGUAACAGACCAGGUGCCCUUAACCUGUGGUCAGUGGGAGGUACAGGGCAAACAGAUCUGGGUUGAUGAGAAGAGAAAUCUUGUAUACUUUCUUGGCCAUAGACAUUCUGUUUUAGAAACACAUCUAUAUGCAGUAUCAUAUUCCUCUCCAAAAGAGCCGUACAGACUGACAGAGCUUGGCUACUCACACAGUAUCUCGUUCAGCUCUGAGUUGUCAGUGUUUGUGACAGUCUACAGUUCUGUACAACAGACGCCCGUCAGCAGUGUCCAUCGUGUCUGUCACCGUGACAACGGCCAGAUGUACACAGACACAUUGGGAAUUGUCAUGCCUUCUGUGGCCUGUCCGGAGUACCACCCUCCAGACCUGUUCAGCUAUACUAGUGUGUGUGGGCGGACGAUGCACGGACUGUAUUACAAACCACACGACUUCCAGCCGGGCGUGAAGUACCCUACAGUGUUAAUGGUGUACGGAGGUCCACAGGUCCAACAGGUCACUAACUCCUUCAAAGGUCUGAGAUUCCUGAGGCAUCAUACGUUGGCUUCACAAGGUUACGCUGUAGUUGUAAUCGACGGACGAGGGUCAAGUCACCGCGGACUUGACUUUGAAGCCCAUAUAAAGAAAAGACUGGGUACAGUGGAAAUCGAUGACCAAGUAGAAGGAAUUCAGUGGCUGGCCUCUCAGGUUGACUUUAUAGACAUGGAAAGAGUCGCUAUCCAUGGCUGGUCCUACGGUGGUUACUUGUCCCUCCUGGGGUUAGCACAGAGGCCCGAUAUAUUCAAGGUUGCUAUCGCGGGGGCGCCAGUGGUUGACUGGAAACUUUAUGACACUGGCUACACAGAACGGUACCUAGACGUCCCGAAGGACAAUUCCACUGGCUACCAAAAAGGAUCUGUGCUACAUUACAUCCAAAAUUUUCCCGAUGAAGAGAAUCGACUGCUGGUAAUCCAUGGCCUGAUAGAUGAGAAUGUUCACUUCCAACAUACAAGUACACUAAUUAAUGCUUUAGUGAAGGCGUGCAAACCUUACAGUCUCCAGGUGUACCCUAACGAGCGACACGGAAUCCGUAAUCAUGAAGCUGCAGAGCACUACAAAACAAUGAUUCUGAGUUUCCUUCAGAAUCAUUUAUAGCACUUUUAAGGUUUUUCAGAUUAUAAACCAAAAUCUGCAAACUUGCUGUUUUACCGAGUUGAAACCUCCUUGUAUCUUAAGAAAACAUGGGUGUAGAGUGAGUCUGGACUGUCUCUAGUCAUAAGCUAGGGUAUAGUUUAACUAGGGAUGACAUACAGAUGUCCUGGGUAGUCAUAAUUGUAAAAAUAAACAAAAUAAUGCCUGAACAGUGAUAAUGCUAGAUAUUGUCACUCUAAAGAAAUGCUGAUAUAAAGGUAAAUGGAGGGGGGAUUGGGUUUGGGGUGGGAGUCAUAGAUAAUAUCAGUCUAAGAAAUGCUUUUAUAUCAGUUAAUAGAGAGGGGGCUGGGUUUUAUCAUAGAUAUUGUCACUCUAAAGAAAUGCUGUUAUAUUGGUAAACAGAGAGAGGGUUGGGUUUGGGGUGGGAGUCAUAUCACAGAUAUUGUCACUCUAAAGAAAUGCUGUUAUAUUGGUAAACAGAGAGAGGGUUGGGUAUUGGGGGUGGGAAGUCAUAUCACAGAUAUUGUCACUGUAAAGAAAUGAUUUUAUAUCAGUAAAUGGAGAGGGCUUUGGGGUGAAAUUAGUGUUCAAAGAGUUUCUGAAACAGCUAAGCUUGAAAAAUUGGUCCUGCACUUUGAUUUUCCCCAAAGAAAUAAAUGUUUGUUGUUUUUCAUUUAUGAACAGUUUGCUUACUUAAGAACUUUUCAUUUGGAUGUAAAUGUUCAAAUUAGAUGUUAACACAUCAUCACAUAUUUCAUGUAUUUACUUGCUUUAAAAAAUUUCAAUAUUAUAGAGGAAAUUUUCACAUUAUACUGUAUAUUUAGAGUUUAAGUGACUUUAUUGAUUUUUGUGGGAAAAUAUUGUACUAACUACAGAAAGUUCUAGCGCUGAUUUUGCAUAAAUGCAAACCGACACAAAAUAUUGCUGUUCAAACAUUUUUGAACAUGAGUUAUCAUACACAAGUUUGAGUGUGGUGUUGUAUGUAUCUUAGCCAUAAUAAUGUACCAGUGAUGGAGAGAGAAAAUUACAGAUUUUGUCCACAUACAAGCUUUAAAGCAUAUUGUGUUCCAUUAUGUUCAUUAGUAGAUCAUUUAAUUAUUUAUUCCUCACUCCAUAAAUGGUAUAUGUUAAGAUACCGUAUCUGACCUAAUAAGUGUACUGUGCACUUACAAAAACACAAAAUGGGGGCAGUUUAUAAAACCAUGUACUGGGAAAAUUAUUCCAAGUGAAAUUUACUUCAAAAUGUAUUUAUAUGAGCAAAACAAUCCAAAGUCUGAAGAUUGGUAGAUCAGCGAGGUAAAACACUUUCUAUAUGUUCCUGAUUGGUUGGGAUGCACUUAUAGGGGCUGGUGUGUUUAUUGGGUCAAUUAUGGUGUUAAUUAAAAGGAAUAAUGAUUUUAGAAAAAUCAUGUGUGGUGUUAGAUUAGCCGACUUUCAAUUUUACAACUUUGUUGUAGAUAACUGUUGAAGACAUUUUAUUUUUUAUCAGGUUUGUAUUUACUGGUACAGAACGUUUGAUCACUGAAUAUGUAUUGCAUUUAUAAAUAUCUUACUGAUUUUAAAGGCAGUAAUUGUAAAAUAUUGAUACUUAUCAGCUAUAAAAACAUGUUGUGUUGGCUUGGAAAAGUAAUGUAAUAAAGAAUUUAGAAUAUUAAGUUAAAGUUCGGGAGAUUAAUUAUACAUAAUUAUAAUGUAUUAUGCUAAAAGUGGUUCACAAAUAAGUCUUCCCCAAACUUUGAUACUUAACUUUUACAGUUGGAUAAAGGGCUUAUUGGAGGAUGAUACGGUACUAAACCUUUACACUAGUGGAGGGCGCUUAUUUGAGGAUAGAUAUGGUACUAAACUUUAACAUAUGUAGCUUGUCCUUAGAAGUUGAUUUAAAAUGAAAAGUUGUAAUCAUGCUCAAUAUAAAUUUUAGUAAGCUUUCACACUAUGCUAUGUGUCCAAAAUUGAAGAAACUAAAUGUUUGAAGUAGAGAUACAAGUUAACAUUAUUGCCUGUUUGCUAGAUUUCCAUUGAAGUUUAAUAUAACCUCAAGGAAUUUCCUCUAAAUUUAGAACCCAAAGAAAGAAUCUCUCAUUCUUCCUGAAGUAGGCUUGAAUGGAAAUCUUGCAAUCUUAAUCAAAUGUGUAUGAAAGAAAAUUUUUUGUAUUUUUUUCCAGUUUAUUCCAAAUAUGAUAAAAGUCUCCAUAUUGAAUGAUUAUCCCAACCAUUUGUUUUUAUAACAUGAUGUCCUGAUAUUUUUUUAUCUAAUUACAUUUACAUCUAGCUAAAUUAAACACUUAUAAAAUGUACACUGCCCCAACCAAAACCGACACAUUAUAUGCAGUUAUGAUGUAAUAAGCCAAUAGAGUUUGCUUAUUUGUUGGGUUUAUCACACCGUGAACAGCCAGGGUCUUUCUGAGGUCGCAUGCCAUUCAGAGAAAUUAGGGUUAAUUGUCUUGUCCAAGGACACAACUAUUGUUAUCAAUGCCUGAUAAAAUAAAACUAAUUUGAAUCACUAUAGAAUGAUUAAACUCUAGCCAAGAAUGAUUAAACUCUAUGCUUGAUUUACACCACAAUAUUACAGUGGAAAAUGUCACCAGGCUAAUAUUUCAGGUUUUGUCCCCGUUAGGCCUAUAGAGGGUAUUUUUUCAUGCGACUAGACCUUUUAUACAUUCUAUAGUAAAUUCUUAUAUACCUUUGUAUAUAUUAUUAUUAGCUGGGUAUUUAUUUUCAUGCUUUAUUUAAUGACCGUGAACAUAGUGAAAUUCAAUCCCUCACAAACAUUAUCAGCUAUUCAGUAAUCUACUGCAAAUGUAGUGGGAUGGAUGUCAUUCUGAUAAAACAUGUACCAUACCUAUAACCAUACAUAUACAGGUGUAUACAAGUGCUUUAGUUGGCUAAAAGUUGACUGAAUUGGCUGUCAAGAUAAAUUUUCUGUAGAAAAAAUGAUCAGAAAUGACGUUUUUUUCAGGGAUGUCAUAUUAAUAAGUGGAGUAUGAAUUCUAUUUUGUAUUUCCAUAAUUCAGUUGCCAUAGUUUUUUCACACAGACAAUUUUAAACGUUUAGUAUGUUUGCAUAGUUUUUUAUGUGAUAUUUAAAUUAUAGAUUUUGCCAAAUGUAUUUGCAUAACAGACAAGAUGAAUUCCUGUAUUUUGAUUUGAUUUGAAAUCAAUUUAUUUCAGAUUUCUAAUCAGCUUUUAUAAGUGUACCAUUGAUUUGUCUAAGCUUUCAUAUAAGAUGCGUUUUUACUUCAAUUUUGUUUACUGAGUAGGUAACGUAGGUUGGUUCCAUACAUGUAUAAUGCUGACAGUAACAGAUACCAUAUUUAUCCUAAAAUAAGUUUGGGCAAACAUAAAACCUUGGGCUUAAUGUGUGGUUAUCACAGGUAAUGAGAUACCAUUCUGUUAAGAAAUUAAUGGGCUUGUAGUACAAGUCACCUUACUAGUUCAAGCUUGCGAGAACUUCCCUUUUAGUGGUAGAAUGUGGGCUUUGAGAGAGAGAGAGAGGUCGCUUAAAGAACCUAGGUUGUGGUUGUCUUUUGGGGGCAAAGACAUCGCAAAGGAGGGAGUAGUUCAAAAGUGGUGAGUUUGAGCUCACCUUUCUGGUUCAGGCUAGUGGGAAUCUCCCUUUAGCCUAGAAUUGAGCUAGUUUGAGGCCAAGGCUGGCAGGGUAUUUUACUACUUCCUAUAAUACCGGUUUAUCUCCUGGCAUGGGCUUAUUGAUGGAUGUAUCUGGGGAUGUAGUAUCCGUAAUCUUUAUCAGGAAUUGUGCUCCACUUAUUCAUAAAUCACAUUUCAUCAUAAAUUUUGUGGAAUGAUAGCUGUUGUAAUAUUGAUUAUUUUUCAAAAACAGGUUUGGUUUGGUUUGUAUCGUUAACAUUCUAUAAACAGCUAAGGUUAUCUAAGGCCUCCCUUGUGUACGAGAUGCAUGUGUAUAGUGUAUGUCGCAGUGUUUUGGGAGGCCACAGUAUGUGUGUGUUUGUCUUAGACAGGAAUCCUUUAUAGAAAUCUGGAAGAAGACAUACCCUGUCUGGAACUUCCAGAUUCCUCACAUCAUUCCAUAUACCAUAUUUAUCUGCCUUAUCAAUUAAGCUCAUGUCCAUAAAUAUAUGGACAAUUUCUUAAAGAAUUUUUAAUUCAAAAUGCAACCAAAAUUGUAGUUCACAAAUAAACCCGUGCCAAACUUCGGAACUAAAAAUUUGCACAGACUGGGGUUUAUUUGAGAAUGAAUAUGAUAAUUUAAAUUAGCAUAUAUGUAAUUCCAAAGAAACGAGGUUGGGUGGGUGUGGAGUAGUGUGGAUGAAAGGACGUAACACAGUUUGUUGUCUGAUCACUGUAACUAUGUUUUUUAAGUGCAUACAUUGUUAGCAAACAAAAAAUCAUUUUAAUUAUUGCAUAAUUUGCUUUUAUAUCAAACACUAUUGCUGAUCUGGUGAAAUAAUGAAAUGAAUAAACAAAUUAAAAGAUCAAA